AUGGUUGGUACGGGUGGUCCUGUGGCCACUUUCUCAGUGUGGGACUAUGUGGUGUUUGCUGGCACCAUCUUGGCUGCGGCCGGCAUCGGUCUCUUCCAGGCCAUCCGAGGCCGCAAGGAGACCAGCAGCGAAGAGUUCUUGUUGGGUGGACGGCAAAUGACAGCUGUGCCGGUCGCCAUGUCCCUCACCGCCAGCUUCAUGUCGGGGAUCACGGUCAUCGGCACACCAGCUGAGGCUUACCGGUUUGGAUCGGCCUUCUGGCUCUUCGGCUUCUCCUACGCCAUCAUGUCUGUCGUCACGGCUGAGUUCUUUGUCCCGCUUUUCUACCGACUGGGGAUAACCAGCACCUACGAGUACCUGGGGCUGCGUUUCAGUCGGCCCAUCCGGAUAAUUGGGACGUCGAUGUACAUCUUACAGACGGUGCUGUACACCGGUUUAGUCAUCUACGCUCCAGCUCUUGCACUAAAUCAAAUCACUGGACUGGAUCUAUGGGGAGUGCUGGUGGCCACAGGAGCGGUCUGCAUCCUCUACUGCACUUUGGGCGGCCUGAAAGCAGUGAUCUGGACAGAUGUGGUCCAGAUGGUGAUCAUGCUGUCGGGGUUUGUGGCUGUAAUAGCCAGAGGAGCCGUGCUGCAGGGAGGCCUGGGCAAGAUCUGGGAAGAUGCCGGCCAGGGAGGCCGACUAGAGGCGUUUGACUUUGACCCAGAUCCUCUGAAGCGACACACCUUCUGGACCAUCGUGGUCGGAGGCAGUGUGAUGUGGGUUUCUAUCUACUCCAUCAACCAGUCCCAGGUGCAGCGCUACAUCUCCUGCAAAACCUUGGGCCAUGCCAAGACGUCUUUGUACUUGAACAUGAUCGGCUUGUGGUUAACUGUGAGUCUAGCUGUGUUUUCUGGCCUCACCAUGUAUUCCAUUUACAAGAAAUGCGACCCUCUCCUAAACGAUGAUAUAAGCACCCCCGACCAGCUGCUGCCCUACCUUGUGAUGGAUAUUUUGGCGAUCUACCCUGGAAUCCCUGGUUUGUUUGUGGCUGCUGCCUACAGCGGGACUCUGAGCACCGUGUCUUCCAGUAUUAAUGCCCUGGUUGCUGUCACUGUGCAAGACUUCAUCCUCCCUGUGUGCAAAAACCUCACAGAGAAACAAGUCACCUGGAUGAACAUGGGUCUGAGUGUGUUCUUUGGAGCCGUGUGUAUCGGAAUGGCAGGAGUUGCCUCUAUGAUGGGAAGUGUUCUGCAGGCAGCUCUGUCCAUAUUUGGCAUGAUCAGCGGGCCUCUCCUCGGUCUCUACCUGCUGGGCAUGCUUUUCAGAACAACAAAUUCAGUGGGAGGACUACUGGGACUGAUCAUUGGUCUGGUGUUGACUCUGUGGGUGGGGAUCGGAGGUCAGAUCUACCCACCGUCAGAUGAGAAGACGCUUCCUCUCCAGGUCACCACUGUGGGCUGCUUCAACGCUUCAACCAUGGCUCCCUGGACCACCGGACAGCCUGAUUUCAGACCAGCUCUGGCCGACUCCUGGUACUCCCUCUCCUACCUCUACCUCUGUCCGCUGGGCACACUGACCACGAUGGUGUGUGGUCUGCUGGUGAGCAUCGCUACAGGUGGGUGUAAACAAGAGAAGCUGAACUCUAACCUGUUUGUGAGGAGAAAGGACCUCAUCUGCUUCAGCUUCUUCAAUAAAUCAAAGGUGUCAGAUGUCACACAGAAGGAUUCAACGGAGUUUCAUAUAAGCGCGGACGACUUCGAUUUGAAGAGCAAAGUUGAAAAAUCCACCAAGCUGUAA